GGAAACAACAAUACAGGCAGCGUCACCAUGGCAAAGCAACCAACAUACUUGCUCGCGCCCAAUUUCCGUUUCAAGCCAGGCACUGGUCCGAUCGCGCUUGGCAACAUCAUCGCAGACCCAUUGAGGCCGCAUCGGGCGUUGACGACGGUCGGCGCGGACGUCCUGAAGAGCGCAUACCCCCGCAUCGAGACCAUGGCCGACUACCAUCGCACUGUGUCUCAUAGCACCAGCCGCGACGUGUCCAUGGCCGUGUGGGCGCAAUUCCUGCAGACCGUCUCCGCCAAGAUCUCGGGCGAGCACGGGACUUCGGUGCAGACGAGCUACACCAUGGACGCCCUCGAGACCUCGUACUUUGUCACCGACCCGACGCUCGAGGAGAUAGAAGCCCGCAUCAAGGCCCCGCGCGUACAGGCGGUCAUCAAGGCCGGCAGGAUGCCCGGCCUGCGGCAGCCAGUGUACAUGGUCACCGGCCUGAUGGUCGCCAAGGCCUUCGCGGGCCAGCAGGACCGACAGAAGCACAGGGCCGGCGCGCUGGAGGUUACUGGCGAUGUUCCUACUCCUGCUGGCGACGUAGGCCUAGGAACCAGCCUUUCCCGGUCCUUGGGCACGGAGAAAAGCGACUCGUGGGUGGCCGGCGAAGAUAUAGUGUUUGCCUAUCAGCUGCUCAAGAUUGAGCUCAAAGGCUGGAAAGGAACAAGGAUCGAGUACGACGAGCUCAGGCAUAAAGCCGCCUUUCUCAACAAAGAAAAGGAUGAAGGCGAUGUGGACGAGUAUGAUGAAGACGACCAAGGUGAGGUUAGGCUGCAGAAGAUAGCACAUGUGGAGAGUGUGGACGAUAUACCACACUCUAGGGACGUGGUGACCGGUGCACGACUAGUUCCCACCACAGUCACCAUACGGAAGGAACUGCGAGGGUGCGACGCGCAUAUUCUCUGUAUUUUGGCUGUCGACAACGUAUAGCAUGGGUUCGUAUGUUAACGCCCAUUCCCGUCCGGCCCAGUCCCGAUAUCCUGGGUAAAGUCGGUAGUGGACCAGACAACAUAACCAUGAUGAAC